CACCAUGAAGAAAGCGGUUGCGGAAGAUGUAAACGUUACAUUCGAGGACCAACAAAAAAUCAACAUCUUCGCAAGAAAUACAAACCGGGUCACAGAGCUGAAAGAUGAAAUCGAAGUAAAAAAGAAACAGCUUCAGAACCUAGAAGACGCCUGUGAGGACUUAAUGAUGCUAGAAGAUUCCCUGCUGGUUCCGUACCAGAUUGGAGAUGUGUUCAUAAGUCACUCCCAGGAGGAGACUCAAGAGAUGCUGGAAGCCGCCAAGAAACAAUUGGAAGAAGAAAUCGAAUGUUUACAGUCACGUAUAGAAUCCAUCCAACAAGUGCUCUCUGAUCUCAAAGUGCAGCUGUAUGCCAAGUUUGGGAAUAACAUAAACCUAGAGGCGGAUGAAAAUUAAUUUAUUUCAAUAUUUUUUAAUGUUAUUUUUGGCAAACACAGAAUGAACUUUGCAAAAAUAAAAUGAACUUAUUGAUUUACCAA